CCUUUCACGACACGUACCACGGUCUUCCGCGCUCCGGGCCUCGCACUACGCGCCGAUGUCUCCGUGCCGACGCGGUGUCGACAAGGGCAACACCCGCGCUCGACGAGCACAUACCAAACAUCUUUUGCGGCCUGCACUUGCUCUACGAAGACUUGAAGCUCUCGAGUCUUGUCUCGUCGCUCUUCGUUCCGCUCGGUGAUGUACUGCAUGCUCUCGCGAGCACUCAUGGCUGGACGCUGUAUGUCGCACACUACGCGGCCGACCAUGGACCGCGGGCGGUGGUAUCAGCAAUCGCCGCAAACGCGCUGCCCGAUCCCUUUCAAGGCCGUUGCGACGCAUGUCCUGUCGACAUUUUCGCGUGGCUCCAGCACAAGAUGGCUACGCAUCACUUCAACACGAUGGAAGCCAACAAGAAACAAGGCGCCGCACGCCGUGUAGACGCGUACCCGACGCUGCCGGUCUUAAAGCGAACGGCGACUGUGAUCGAGCUCUACGAGGCUCUGUACCCGGACGCCCCGAUGCCGCUGCACGCGCGGGCGAGACGCGUUGUUUCGCGUCUCGCGGCGCUUUCGUUGCCGUGGGAAGACCUCCCGAUUGGCGUUGCAUUACCCCUCAAGUACGCUGUGUACAUGACGACGCACUUUCCCGACGCGGCGCUGUGUCCGAACGAGUGCCGCCUUGUGAACCGCGCCGACUUGCUCGCAGAGCACGAAGUGCCACCGUGUGCGCUUCCAUUGAUCGACAAGGACAGUCUGGACGCAUCAAGGGACAAUGACGACGGGUUUACCGACGUCGUCCUUGCGAGUCAACCGCUCUUCCCUAAAGACCAGCGGCUCAAGGAGGUCUGCCGACUCCUGCGCUCCAACAAGCCCAUGCUACUCAAGGUCCAACGCGAGGCGCACCAUUCGGACGCGGACGUGCUCUCGCUGCAGCAAGCACGGCUGCUCUUGCUCUGUAAGCGCUCCAUGAGCUUGUCGGUCGCGCGUGGGAUGGUGACGCUCGGGAGCUUGACCGCGCAGCAGUCGUCGGCGUCGCCGUACACGGCGCGGCUGUCCAUUCCGCAGCUGCCACUCACAGCGCGUGUGUCGGGCACGAAUGCCAAGACGGUCCUCGAUAUCUCAGGUUACAAGGAGAUUACGCAUUGGCCGCAGUUCCACAAUGGUGUCGCGACUGCCUUGCGGCUCUCGCCGCAUGACCGCGUGACGGUGCAGUGGGUGCUCUCCCACCAGCCCAAGCCGAAUGCGGACGAGUCGGACGAAGCCGUCCGCUUGUACGAAGAAGCGUGUGCGGGCCACGCGGGGUUUCUCUUUGGUUUGGGUCUCCAAGGCCAGCUGCAGUGCCAGUCGCCGACUACGACGUACAAGUACCUCUCGCUUGGCGACGAGCUCACGUCUGUCGGCUUUCUCCUUGGCACGGCCGCGAGCACUCUCCAUCACCCCAAAGACAUGAACAUUGAGCGCGCGGUCUCCAAGAUGCUCUCAAUGCACAUUCCGUCGCUGUGGCCACCGUCCUUUGCGCAUUUGCAUGUGCCGGCGUCGGCUCAAACCGCCGCCAUCAUGGGCCUCGGGCUGCUCUACCAAAGCACGGGCAACCGGCUCAUGACAGAAUUCCUCCUUACGGAAAUGACCCAAGGCCCUGUAUUGACAAGUGCCGGAGCCUCGUCGGGCACGACCGCGACGCCGUCGACCGAGGCCGUUCAGUUUGAAGGCUACGCACUCGCAACCGGCUUUGCGCUCGGACUCAUUCUGCUCGGACGAGAGAACGACCCGGGGCUCGUGGACCUCAACUUGGAUGCCAAACUCACCAAGUAUAUGCUCGGCGGUGAGAAGGAGCGCGGCCAUGGAUCAUGGGCACCUACCGAGCUCAACUGCGUCCUCCGCACGCGCAAGCUGCUCCAGCGCGAGCUCAUCAACGUGGACGUGACCGCGUCGGGCUCGGCGCUGGCGCUCGCGUUCAUGUACAUGUGGAGCAAUAGCGCGUCGAUCGGGCAGCGGCUUCACGUGCCGUCGACGCUCGUGCUCCUCGAGACCAUCCGACCCGAUGUGCUCUUUGUGCGUGCGCUGGCGGCCAACCUCGUACUGUGGAGCAGCAUCGAGCCGACGCGCGCGUGGGUGAUCAACAAGCAACUACCACCGCCGCUUCGACCGACGGGACUGCUGCACUGGGCCGCAAUCGACGACGGCGGCGAUCCGGCAACGAUCCAAGAGGCAUACGCCAACGUUAUUGCUGGCGCGUGCUUUAGCAUUGGCUUGAAGUUUGCGGGCACGCAUCACCCAGACGCCAAGAGCGUUCUCAUGAGCUUCCUGGACGAGUUCCAGCUCUGGCGCGCCAAGCUCGGGCGGACAGCCGACGUGAGCCGCGUGACGCUCGAGCGUGUUCUCGGAACCAUUGCGCAGUCGCUUGCGCUUGUCAUGGCCGGCACGGGGGACCUCGAGUGCAUGCGCCUCCUGCGGUCGCUUCUCUUGCGCCAAAAGGUCGACGCGCACGGCGACAUUACGUAUGGCAACCACAUGGCCAUGAGCUCGGCGCUCGGCCUUCUCUUUCUCGGUGGCGGUCGUUGCUCCGUGCGUAGCUCCCGCCUCGCAACAGCGACGCUCGUCAUUGCCUUGUACCCUCUGUACCCGACCAAGACAACAGACCAGCGCUACCACUUGCAAGCAUUUCGGCAUCUCUACGUGCUCGCGAUCGACCGGUCGCGACUCGUGCGGGCGCUGGACGUCGACACGCACCAAUGGACACCAAUGCCACUCCGCGUGUGGACGCACUUCAGCAGUGCGCCGCUGGAGGUCCGCACGCCGACGCUGCUUCCCGCGCGAAGCAUGCUGCGCCGGCUCGAGACGGCUGCGAAUGAUCAUUUUCCGAUCGUUGUCGACUGGAGCACGGCCGACGACAGCCGCGCACGACUCUUGGAGCAGCAAGGCGUCUUGCGCAUCAAACGCAAGCUGGGCGCCGAUGCGCCACGCGCGACGUUCUUCGCGUCCUUUUCAAAUCUCUUUGCCACCGUGUUGACGCAGGCGUCGGACACCAUGUGGAUUGCUUUCUGCGCGCGCCUGUACGAGGAAUGCAAGCGCGAGAACAAGCCCGACUGCGUCGCCGUCUAUCUGAACGCCAAGCGCUGCGAGGUCGAUGUACUCGAGCACCGCAUCACGCACACGCUGCUCGUCGCCAACCUCCAGCUUGUGCAGCUGCACAUGGAGCUCGACGCGCACAUGUUUCAAGCCCGUGACGACGCCUCGGCCGAGCCGCACGAUGUUGGGCGCCUUGCGCAGCUUGUGAACGAGGACUUUACCCUCGGCUACAGCAAUGCACUCUUGGCGUUCUUCGAGCAAUUGGAGCUGCCCAUCUCCAUCGAGACAAACGAAGCACCCGCGUCGCUCCUGCAUGCCGCGUACCGUCGAUACCUCGGGUCCCCGCUUCUCGCCCAGCUUGAAUAGAAGACUUCG